GGUUUGACUCUGAGGUUGAAGAAUAGAGUUUUCAAGAGGAAUCAGGAGCAGCAGCAAGCCUAAGGGAGCUGAGUCUGGGUAGCAGAGAAUCAUCCUGUGCAGGCAGGUUACCAUGGCAUCUGGUGCCAACAUGGAGGCUCCCAUUUGCUUAGUGGAAAAUGAGAAUGAAGAGCUGAGGGUGAACCCCGAAGCAGUAAACAUUCUUGAGAGGAUCACUCAGCCUGUGGUGGUGGUGGCCAUCGUAGGACUGUACCGUACGGGGAAGUCCUACCUGAUGAACCGUUUGGCAGGACAGAACCAUGGCUUCAAUCUGGGCACCACAGUCAGGUCUGAAACUAAAGGCAUCUGGAUGUGGUGUGUGCCUCACCCCAGCAAACCCAAAUUCACACUCGUUCUUUUGGACACCGAGGGCUUAGGUGAUGUGGAAAAGGGUGACCCUAAGAAUGACUCAUGGAUCUUCGCUCUGGCCGUGCUUCUGAGCAGCACCUUUGUCUACAACAGCAUGAGCACCAUCAACCACCAGGCCCUGGAGCAGCUGCACUAUGUCACAGAACUGACAGAACUGAUCAGGGCCAAAUCCACUGCACGAUCUGAAGAAGUGGAUGACUCUGAUGAGUUUGUAAGUUUCUUUCCAGACUUUAUCUGGACUGUUCGAGAUUUCGUUCUGGAGCUGAAGUUAGAUGGACAUGUCAUCACAGCAGACGAGUACCUGGAAAAUGCCCUGAAGCUGAUUCCAGGUAGGAGUCUCAAAGCCCAAAAUUCUAACAUGCCUAGGGAAUGUAUCAGGCACUUUUUUCCAAGACGCAAGUGCUUUGUCUUUGAUCGACCUACGAAAGAAAAAGAACUCUUAGUUCAUGUUGAGGAAAUGCCAGAGGACCAGUUGGAUCACAAUUUCCAAGUGCAAUCAAAAGUAUUCUGUUCUUACAUCUUCUCCAAUGCAAAGGCCAAAACCUUGAAAGAGGGAAUCAUUGUCAACGGAAACAGACUGGCGACUCUGGUGACAACCUACAUGGAUGCCAUCAAUAGUGGAGCAGUGCCAUGUUUAGAGAAUGCAGUGAUGACCCUGGCCCAGCGUGAGAACUCCAUUGCUGUGCAGAAGGCAGCUGACCACUACAGUGAGCAGAUGGCCCAGCGAGUGAGGCUCCCCACAGACACGCUCCAGGAGCUGCUGGUUGUGCAUGCAGCCUGUGAGAAAGAAGCCAUUGCUGUCUUCAUGGAGCACUCCUUCAAGGAUGAGAGCCAGCAAUUCCAGAAGAACUUGGCGGUCACCAUAGAGGAAAAAAAGGAAGAUUUCUUACGACAGAAUGAAGCAGCAUCUCUCAGUCACUGCCAGGCUGAGCUGGACAAGCUCUCAGAGUCCCUGAGGGAGAGCAUCUCACGUGGAGCUUUCUCUGUUCCUGGAGGCCACAGUCUCUACCUAGAGGCCAGGAAGAAGGUUGAGCGUGACUAUGAGCGAGUGCCCAGGAAGGGAGUGAAGGCAAAACAUGUCCUUCAGAGCUUCCUACAGUCACAGAUUCCCAUAGAGGAUUCCAUCCUACAGUCAGACAAAGCCCUCACUGAUGGCCAGAAGGCCAUGGAAGCUGAGCGGGCUCAGAAGGAGGUGGCCGAGAAGGAGCAGGAGCUACUAAGACAGAAGCAGAAGGAGCUGCAGCAGGUGAUGGAGGCUCAAGAGAGAAGCUAUAAGGAAAAUAUUGCCCAGCUGCAUCAGAAGAUGGAGACGGAAAGGAAGAACAUUCUGAGAGAGCAAGAGGAGAGGCUGGCACACAAAUUGAAGGUUCCUGUGGCAUCCGAUUGGACCAUGGAGGCACCCAUUUGUCUUGUGCAAAACUGGGAAGAGCAGCUGACAGUAAAUCUGGAGGCCGUGAGGAUUCUUGAGCAGAUAGCUCAGCCUCUGGUGGUGGUGGCCAUUGUCGGUUUAUAUCGCACAGGGAAGUCCUACCUUAUGAAUCGUCUUGCAGGACGGAACCACGGCCACUCGGAACACUCUUACCCCAGGUUAGUCAGCAGAAAUCAGAUGCAGAUUCUGCAUAACAGGACAGAUUAUACUGUCUUCUGUGGAGAUCACGGAAUAUGGCAAACCUUGAACCAUGGCUUCUCCUUGGGCUCUAGGAUGCAAUCCAAAGCCAAGGGUAUCUGGAUGUGGUGUGUGCCCCAUCCCACCAAGCCAACCCACACCCUGGUCCUUUUGGACACUGAAGGCCUUGGUGAUGUAGAAAAGGGUGACCCUAAGAAUGACUCGUGGAUCUUUGCCCUGGCCAUGCUUCUGAGCAGCACCUUUGUCUACAACAGCAUGAGCACCAUCAACCACCAGGCCCUGGAGCAGCUGCACUAUGUGACUGAAUUAACAAAGCUAAUUCAGGCAAAAUCAAACCCCAGAGAGGAUAAAGUGGAAGACUCUAGUGAGUUUGUAAGUUUCUUCCCAGACUUUAUCUGGACUGUUCGAGACUUUGUUCUGGAGCUGAAGUUAGAUGGUCAGCCCAUCACAGAAGAUGAGUACCUGGAGAAUGCCCUGAAGCUGAUCCCAGGAAACAAUCCCAAAGUUCAAAAGUCCAACAUGACCAGAGAAUGUAUCAGAUAUUUUUUUCCAGUACGGAAGUGCUUUGUCUUUGCCAGGCCUACAAGCAACAAAAGUUUAUUAUUCCAAAUUGAAAAUGUUCCAGAAAACCAGCUGGAAUGUAGUUUCCAGAUUGAGUUAGAAAAAUUCUGUUCCUACAUCUUCGCCAAUGGCAAGACCAAGACUCUGAGAGGGGGAGUCAUUGUCACAGGAAAUCGGCUGGGGACUUUGGUGCAGACCUAUGUGGAUGCCAUCAACAGUGGGACUGUGUCAUGUUUGGAGAAAGCAGUGAUGACCCUGGCCCAUCAUGAGAACUCCACAGCUCUUCAGAAGGCAGCUGAGCACUACAGUGAGCAGAUGGCCCAGCGAGUGAGGCUCCCCACAGACACGCUCCAGGAGCUGCUGGAUGUGCAUGCAGCCUGUGAGAAGGAAGCCAUUGCUGUCUUCAUGGAGCACUCCUUCAAAGAUGAGAAUCAGCAAUUCCAGAAGAGGCUGGUGGCCACCAUAGAGGAAAGGAAGGAAGAGUUCAUGCGACAGAAUGAAGCAGCAUCUAUCCAUCACUGCCAGGCUGAACUGGAGAAGCUUUCAGAGUCCCUGAGGAAGAGCAUCUCAUGUGGAGCCUUCUCUGUUCCUGGGGGACACAGCCUCUACUUAGAAGCCAGGAAGAAGGUUGAGCUGGGCUAUGAGCAAGUGCCCAGGAAGGGAGUAAAGGCAAAAGAGGUUCUUAAGAGUUUCCUGCAGUCACAGGCUACUAUGGAGGAUGCUAUCCUGCAGUCAGACAAAGCUCUUAGGGAUGGAGAGUGGGCCGUAGCAGCUGAGAGAAGAAAGAGGGAGGUGGCUGAGAAGACACAAGAGCUUCUGAGGCAGAGACAGAAGGAGCAAGAGCAAGUAAUGGAGGCUCAGGAGAGAAAGUUCCAAGAACACAUUGCUAAACUUCAGGAGACGUUGAAGACAGAAAGGGAGAUGAUGCUGAGGAAGCUGAAGAUGCUGUAGCAGAAGCUGAAGGUCCAAGAAGAACUACUUAUGGAAGCAUUCAGAAAGAAAUCUGAUAUGUUAAAGAAUGAAAUGUCAACUGAAAGAAGAGAUUCAAAAGAAAGAAAAUCCUCACUCUUUGCUAAUAUCCUUGACAGUUGGCAACACAUUUAUUACGAUUUUACCAGGAGCUGGUAAACUUUGUGGAGCAGGGCUGAAAGUCCUCAGCUCACUUAUGAAGUAGUCUGAAGAAUGUCUGGAAAGGAAUUUAUAAAAACCAGACUCCUAUUAUUUUGAUACCAAACUCUGUGCCUUUAUUUUAAAAUAUAUGUGGUAGUUUAUAACCAUUGUUAUGAAGAAGGUCAGAACUCCCAAUUAAUAGCUAAAUAAAAAGAUACUGCUUCGUUGGAGUUGAA